GGACUAAAAAAUUCUUACUUUUUAAAAGAAAAGACAAACAAAACUUCCUAAUUAUGAAUGUGAAGUAAAAAAAGGGAAAGGAUAAGAUUAGAAUGUGGUAAAAGAAAAAAGAAAUGGUGGAUUUGGGUUUGGGUCGCUUUAAAUAUUCCGAGUCUUCAAUACUUUUCUUUGGCGAUUGGCAAAGUUCUUCGGUCUCUAACAUUGUGAAAUUCCACAAAAAAAAUCUGAGGGUAAAGAGACCGACGAACAACCACCGGUUUCUGGGGUCGCCAUCGAUCUGAUUUCUAAGCUUAUUUCCCUUUCCACAGCUCUUUCCGGCCGAUCCUGAUCUUCAUUUAUUUGUCGAUCGCAAACCCUUUUGAGUUCUCAAGAUCAUGGCUUCCAAGCGUAUCUUAAAGGAACUUAAGGAUUUACAGAAGGAUCCACCCACAUCUUGCAGUGCUGGCCCCGUAGCUGAAGAUAUGUUCCAUUGGCAAGCGACCAUUAUGGGACCAUCUGAUAGUCCUUAUUCAGGAGGUGUUUUUCUUGUCAAUAUUCAUUUUCCUCCAGAUUAUCCUUUCAAACCUCCCAAGGUUGCUUUUAGGACCAAAGUGUUUCACCCCAAUAUCAAUAGCAAUGGAAGCAUUUGUCUUGACAUCCUGAAAGAACAGUGGAGCCCCGCGCUUACAAUUUCUAAGGUACUGCUCUCCAUAUGCUCAUUGCUGACUGAUCCAAACCCAGACGACCCUCUUGUACCAGAGAUCGCACACAUGUACAAGACCGACCGAGCCAAGUAUGAAGCGAGUGCACGGAGCUGGACUCAGAAAUAUGCAAUGGGUUGAGACGUUGUUGUAGCUUGAUGUUGUUGACGGAUGAUGCAAUGGUGAUAUCUUUGGCAUGGCAUCCUUCUGUAUUGCCUCGUUUCUUCCAGGGCUGUGUAGGUAUUUUAAAGCAAAAAAAAAAAAAAAAAAAAAGCAAAAUAUGAAGGAAAGAAAAAGAGGAAGUCUUAUGAUGGUUUUCCCCCUUUGCCACUGAUUUAUGAAUGAAAAUUCAAGCAGGUUGUCUAAGGUUUGUCAAAUUAACUGGAUUCGACAUUCCUCUUUGUGGGGAUUUGAUGCUAGCUGUUAUUUAUCUCAUAGACAACACAUUGUUCAA